AUGAGCGCCCCACUGAAGAAACAACCAGCUAGUUUCUUCUCCUCAACAGCCGUCGACCAUGCCGUUGCAGGACUCUCCGCUGGCGUCGUAACGACGCUGGUGAUGAACCCACUGGACUUGCUGAAGAUCAAGUUCCAAGUGAACACCGGGAAACCUGUCGGUGGGAUGGGAAUGCAGAUGUGGUUGGCGUUGAAGGGGAUUCAGCAGUCUCAGGGUUGGAAAGGGCUGUAUAGAGGGAUUAGUCCGAAUAUUGCUGGAAACGCGUCUAGUUGGGGACUCUACUUCCUCUUUUACCAGAUGCUAAAAAAGCGCGCUGCGGGAGGGGACGUGAUGAAGCCGCUAUCGGCACCUGAAUAUUUGCUAUGUUCAGCGCAAGCCAGCGCGGUCACGGCUGUUAUCACGAACCCCUUCUGGCUUAUAAGGGUACGGAUGUUUGCUACGACAGCAGAUACCCCGGACGCGUACCGUGGUCUUUGGGACGGAUUGACACGGAUAUUCAAAACCGAAGGUGUUCCUGGACUAUUCCGAGGAACCACGCUCGCACUGGUGGGCGUUGGAAACGGAGCCAUACAAUUCAUGGCGUACGAAAAAAUGAAAGGAUGGGCAUUCGAGCGUAAACGACGGAAAGCAGAACGGGAGGGCAUGCAUUACGAUCAGAACACAGCGAAACUGUCUAAUUUCACGUAUUCAGUCAUGUCAAUAACAAGUAAAUUGAUUGCUCUGGCCACAACUUAUCCCUAUCAAGUUGUUCGAUCCCGUGUCCAGAAUAACCUACAGCAAGACCAGUUCCCCAACAUUCCUACAACUGUGAAACGAACGUGGAAGAAUGAGGGCGUCAAGGGGUUCUACCGCGGAUUGGGAACCAGUCUCGUCCGUGUGCUGCCCGGGACAUGCGUUACCUUUGUGGUGUACGAAAACGUGGCUUGGCUUCUACGGACUACUGCUGCACGGCGGGAACAAUCGAAUCUAGAUGGUGUGGACGACUGA